AUGCCAGCUAACGACGACAACGAUUCAGAGAGCAAGACAUGUGGCAAAAUCCUCGUCGUACUGUCAUGGGUCCUGGUGGUAAUGACCAUGCCUAUAUCUCUCCUCAUCUGCUUCAAGCUGAUAGAAUGGUUUCGGUGCAUUUCGGAAAGCUCCGUCACCAAAGAAAACAGUAAAAUCUUGAAAGCUCCCACAGCUACAAACUGCGAGGUUACGUUCCUGGAUGGGGCCACGAAUGCUUGGCUAACCGGACCAAGCCCAAACUUACCAUCCAGACCCAAACAACAAAGGGCAUGGGACUCCCUAUCAUCUGUUGCUACCCUGAACACACUCGUGGCCUCUUCAUCAAGCAAAGACCUCUCGAGGCUCUUAGCUGUAUCCAAACCGGAAUCCGGACAAUGGCUCCACGCCUAUCCCUCGCCCAACACCGGUACUUUGAUAGACGCAAGUACCUUGCGCAUAGCCGUCGGUCUCCGGCUUGGAGUAGCAAUAUGCACAGACCACUCGUGUGCUUCUUGUGGAGCCCCAGUAGACCGGCUGGGCCACCACGGCCUCUCCUGCUCCUCGGGCGCGGGCCGCCUUUCUCGCCAUGCCGCCCUCAACGACAUCCUCAGAAGGGCUCUCGUCAGCGCCAACGUCCCCGCAGCUCUGGAGCCCCAGAUCGCACGGGACGAUGGCAAGCGCCCGGACGGGAUGUCGUUAAUCCCUUGGCGAAAGGGCCGCGCGCUGGUGUGGGACGCUACCUGCGCUGACACGUUGGCAGCGUCCUACAUCCAAGUGACCAGCAAAAAGGGUGGGGCGGCAGCUGACGCCCGGAAGCGGUUUAAGGCCAACAAAUACAGCUGUUCAUAG